GCUGUGAGGAGUCCUUCUGGAAAAAGCCUCUCUUCCUCCUCCUCUCUGUCCGUCAUCGACCCAAGAUUGAUCCCCRUAUGUUCACCUCCACAGAGCCCCUCAGGUAGUAAAGGUGAACCUCACAGGAAGGGCUCUGUGGUGAACGUGAACCCCACCAACAUUCGACCACACAGCGACUCUCCAGAGAUCAGGAAGUACAAGAAGAAGUUCACCGCAGAGGUUCUGUGUGCUGGCCUCUGGGGUGUGAACCUGUUGGUGGGCACAGAAAGUGGCCUGUGGCUGCUGGACAGAAGUGGACAGGGGAAGGUCUACUCUCUGAUCAGCAGACGAAGGUUUCAGCAGAUGGAUGUUCUGGAGGGACUCAACGUCCUGAUUACCAUCUCAGGUAAAAAGAACAAGCUGCGUCUGUACUACCUGUCCUGGUUGAGGAAUAAGGUUCUGCAUAACGACCCAGAAGUGGAGAAGAGGCAGGGCUGGACCUCAGUGGGGGACUUGGAGGGGUGUGGACACUAUAAAGUGGUGCGAUAUGACAAGAUUAAGUUCUUGGUGAUUGCUUUAAAGAAUGCUGUGGAGGUCUACGCCUGGGCCCCCAAGCCCUACCACAAAUUCAUGGCCUUCAAGUCGUUCAGGUCCCUGCCUCACAAACCCCUGUUUGUUGACCUGACAGUGGAGGAAGGACAAAGGUUAAAGGUCAUCUACGGCUCUGUGUCUGGUUUCCACGCCAUUGAUGUCGACUCUGGAACACCGUAUGACCUCUACCUGCCUGCACACAUUCAGGGCUCCAUCCAUCCUCACGCUAUCAUCAUUUUACCAAACAAAGCUGGAACAGAAGUCCUGGUUUGUUACGAAGAUGAAGGUGUUUACAUCGACACGUACGGCCGCCUCACCAAGGACACGGUGCUACAGUGGGGCGAGAUGCCCACGUCUGUCG